GGCGGCGGUAGGGACGCCUCUCCGCGUCCCAGUCAGACUGGACUUGCAAGUGCCACGGUGUCCCUGUUAGCGGGCUAGCAGCUUAGCAGUCGCUGCGAUGUUUACGUAGUGCUGAGGGGCGCCCGAGUCGACCCGUCUGCUUUUACGCGCUCGUAUUAGCUCGUUGAGUUUUACUAUUAUUAUUUUUAAGGGAUAAGUGUACAUUUAUGAAAGCUUCAAUCUGGAUCGAGGCGGCAGCAACCGACGGAAGAUAGAGGAGCUCUCUCGGUCUUCUCGGGAGAAGCUGCUUCAGUCCAAAAACAAAAUGUUCUCCAAGUUCACCUCCAUCCUUCAGCACGCAGUCGAGGCGCUUGCGCCCUCCUUGCCUCUGCAGGAGGAUUUUGUGUACCACUGGAAGGCCAUCACUCAUUACUACAUAGAGACGUCAGAUGACAAGGCCCCCGUGACGGACACCAACAUCCCGUCCCACCUGGAGCAGAUGCUGGACAUCCUGACCCAGGAGGAGGGCGAACGGGAAUCUGGGGAGACUGGACCCUGCAUGGAGUACCUUCUACACCACAAGAUUCUGGAGACCCUGUACACGCUGGGCAAGGCUGAUUGCCCCCCAGGAAUGAAGCAGCAGGUGCUGGGCUUCUACACCAAGCUACUGGGGCGGAUUCGCCAGCCGCUCCUCCCUCACAUCAACGUGCACAGGCCGGUGCAGAAAUUGGUGCGCCUGUGUGGAGAGGUACUGGCAGCCCCCACAGAGAAUGAGGAGAUUCAGUUCCUCUGCAUUGUCUGUGCUAAGCUGAAGCAGGACCCCUACCUGGUCAGCUUCUUCCUGGAGAACAAGGCAAAGGUGGGAGCCACCCGGGCAUCUGAGUGCGGGGGGCUGGGGGGGGACGCGGCCGGGGCCACCUCACCUGACACCGGCCAGGCAACUGCAGUGGGGGAGCCAGGACUGGAAGCCAACGGGGCAGCUGCUGCUGAGCAGAGUGCCCAGGCCAACCAGAACCACAGCUACAACCUCGUCAACUCCUUGCUCAACCUCACCAAGAGCCCGGACGGCCGGAUCGUGGUGAAGGCCUGCGAGGGCCUUAUGUUGCUAGCCAGCCUUCCUGAGCCGGCAGCCGCCCGCUGCCUGACAGAGAGCACAGCCCUGUGUCAGCUGCUGGCCGAGCGCCUCUCCGUAUUCUACCGGGCGCUGCCCCCAUCCAUGGACCCGCUGGACAUUGAGACCCUGGAGUCCGUCAACUGGGGGCUGGAUGCCUACAGCGUGAAGGAGGACGCCACGGCCUUCACAGGCAAGAGGCCACUCAUUUCCUUCCUGUCCUGGCUGGACUACUGUGAUCAGCUGAUCAAGGAGGCUCAGACGACGGCGGCUGUGGUGUUGGCCCGGGCUGUCAGACAGAAGUUUCUGGUGCCCACCCUGGAACCACAGCUCAUGCAAACCUCAGAGAUGGGCAUCCUGACCUCCACGGCCCUGCUGACCCGAAUCAUAAGGCAGAUCAGUUCGGAAGCACUGCUUCAGGAGACGGUGUACUUUCUGCUGGGGGAGGAGCGGGAGGCGGAGACCCGCGACGGGGCAGGCCGGCCCCCACUGCGUCACAGGCUCAUCGAGCACUGCGACCACCUGUCUGAUGAGAUCAGCAUCAUGACUUUGCGCAUGUUCGAGCACCUGCUGCAGAAGCCCUGUGAGCACGUGGUGUACAGCCUGGUGCUGAGAAACCUGGAGGAGCGGCGCUACCUGGAAAACAAGCCACAGGAGGACAGGGAGGCACUGGAGAACGGGCAGCUGCCUGAUGCUGUGGACCUGGAGGAGGACCCUUUGUUCACAGACCUCUCCCCAGACAACAGACUCUCCAGCCCGGACUGGCUCAGCUCCUCGCCGCCUCAGUCGCCAGACCACGCAAAGCCUGAUGGGAAGACGGAGGUCCACAAGAUAGUCAACAGNUUCCUGUGCCUGGUGCCCGAAGAGGCCAAAUCGUCCUACCAGGUGGAGGGCUCCGGUUACGACACGUACCUGAGAGAUGCACACCGACAGUUCAGGGACUACUGUGGCAUCUGCGUACGCUGGGAGUGGUUGGGGACGCCUAAGCCCCUGGAGAAGUGUGAGCAGGAUGGGCCCUUCUUCGAGGGCCACUUCCUGAAGGUUCUUUUUGACCGCAUGGGCCGUAUACUGGACCAGCCGUAUGACGUGAACCUGCAGGUGACGUCUGUGCUGUCCAAGCUGGCCCUGCUGCCCCACCCUCACCUACACGAGUACCUGCUGGACCCCUACAUCAACCUAGCCCCCGCCUGCCGCUCCCUCUUCUCCGUCAUAGUCCGGGUGGUGGGAGAUCUGAUGCUAAGGAUCCACCGCAUCCCCGACUUCACCCCCAAACUCCUGCUGGUCAGGAAGAGGCUACUGGGCUUGGAGCUGGAGGGCGCAGGCAUCGACCACAUGACCCUGCUGGAGGGUGUGAUCGUCCUAGAGGAGUUCUGCAAGGAGCUGGCUGCCGUCGCCUUUGUCAAGUUCCAUGCUUCCACGUCGCCAUGAGGCUGUACCUGUGCUCUGCCACAAUUUGGAUGGGCCUGGGGACGGGGAGGGGGUGGGGCGCGUCGACGCACCAUGAUGUGGCGUAACCCCACCCACGCUGGGAUGAAGAAGGCGUCACGGCAGAAACGGUGUCGCAUGUGAUUCUGCACUUUAUGUGCAUUGAACGGACACGUCAGAACUCUCAUUUGUAAAAAGACGUUUGUUUGUUUGUUUGUUUGUUUGUUUGUUCAUUUGUUUUUAAUGUUAUUAUUAAGCCGCACAUCUCAGUCAGCGUCUAAAGCUUCAAUGUUUUUCAGAUAACAUAUUUCUGCCUUUUAACUUUCGUGGGAGAGAAGGUGAUGAAAGUGGUUUUUUGCUGUUGAUCCUGUUCUGCCGCCCCCCCCCUCACCGCUUCGUCCCCCGGGGCAGGCUGUGGCCCCACCCUCUCGUGACGUUGGGUGGACACAUGUUGGUGGGUGUGAUCUUUCCGGCUCUCAGGUUUGCCUGUCAUUCGCGGGGACGGACAUGGAAGCGGCAAGGGUUGUGUCUGGGGGGGGGGCAUGUGGUGACAUGAUAUUCUGAUGGUCAGUGCCGGUCCAGAUAUUGCAAUCAUGUCAUGCUUUUAACAUUGUUUUCUGUAAAGUGUAUCUGAUUGCAACCCCUCCAUCCAUUACUGCUGUGUCGUGUAGUACAGUCCUCCACCAUGCGGGGGUGCUCGUGCUGUGCCUUCACAGUGGGCAUAAUGUGAGCAUUACGUGUACAUGUUUUAUUAUUGUCUUUUUACAGAGCAUGCUUUAUUUAUAAGGACAGACAGCAAACGUCAUUCAUAACCUUGUGUUUCUGUAACGGUAAGCAAAUAUGCUGUUUUUUUUGUUUGUCAGUUACAGUUCUUGGGGUUUGAGUUUUCUGAUAAUAUUUUGUGGACUUUGCCCUGUGGAACCUCUACUUCUUGCCAACAAUAGUGUUUCGUAGUGGGGAGACAUCGAGAUGGCCAGCUGAAGUUCUGAGCUGGCCGUGUGCCUCCCCUCCCAGCAGGGGGCACACUGUACCGACCGGGUGUGUCGGGGCUGUCUCUGUCUGCCCAUUCCACUUUCAGCUGUCUUAAUAUUAACAGAGCUCCAGUGUUGGACAUUUGCACAGAUGUGAUCCCGCGCAGACGCUGUACAGAUUGCUGUACAUUAGGUCUCUUUUUAUACCUUUCCUUUGUGAACUGAAACAUAAGGGGUGUGGGACUGACUUGCUGCUCCUGCCUCUGUCCCAUGGUCCAUAUGUAAAGCUCGUGAUUGUUUCUGCUCAUGCUGUUUUUAUACUGACACUUCCUGUAAAUUCUAAGUCUCCGGUCCAAGGGCAGGAGGAGCCAGCCGAUGUCGCUGCGUUUUUACACGUCAAGCCUCCAUGUCACCGACCGCCUCGUCUCGCCGCAGUCAAACGCACGGUGUUUGGUCUCAUCAUCGCCGAUUCCCUCGAAGGCCACCUGCUGCGUGUUGGGAACUCCCCCAUUUGGUGCGAGUCAUACAAAGGUUCCCGUUGCUGGAGCUCUCAUGUUCCCUGAGUGCAUCCUCUGCUUUCGCCAUCGCCAGCCUUGGACCUUCCUUGCAGUUCCUCUUCCUCACUGCUCACUGCUCUUGGGAGGCAUUGCAGAGUUGGCUCGUCAUGAGACUGACAGGCUGAGAGUCACAUUGAAACUGCACUGAGUCUGAUUGGAGCAGCGGGCAGGAACAUACACAGCCUUUAAUUUCUCAUGGGGAACGGGAUGCAAAAGUAGGUUAGUGAGGAAUGUCCGUCUGAGGGGGGUAGAUUCAGCUCGCUGUAAACAUCCUGUUAGUGCAGCAUGGAGAGACGGAGACCUUGACUGUCUCAUAGACUGAAACUGCAGUGCUGACCCCUGCUGGGCACAGAUGGUGGUGCUAGCAUACAUCCAGCAUCACAGCUCUCUAGUGUUUGUAUCCCACCAAGUCUCCUGUCAGCACGCCCCAUGUCCUCUGUCAGUGUGCGCCAGCGUGCCCCACCCUCACUGUCUUCCUGCCCCCCACGGAGCACCCUGACUCCUGCACCUUACGUCGUCAUUUUGCCUUGGCCAAUGAAAACUGUGCUACCCUUGGUAAAGUGUGCGUCCAGCCCUCAUAACGGAUGGCGUUUGGGUUUUGCUCUUGUUAAUUUUUCCCUGAUGCAUUAAAGCAUUUAACUCCUUG